UACUGUCUGCUUUUUGAUUCAACUUCACGUGAUUUCCGCUUCCUUAUUGAAUCUUAUCCUAUUUCUUUCAAAUAGUGGUUAUUUAAUUUUUGGGUUUCGUUUAAUUUAUAUUGAUUAAUCAUGUCUGUGAAAGUUCAAUCUGGUUUCAAAGCAGAUGACGGCAAACCGACUCAGGAUGAAAGCGUCAACAAGAUUCAUAGAAUUAGAAUGACUCUUACUUCCACAAAUGUAAAGAGUUUAGAAAAAGUUUGUGCCGAUUUAAUCAAAGGUGCAAAAGAUAAAGAAUUGAAAGUAUUUGGCCCUGUUCGUAUGCCAACUAAAGUUUUACGAAUAACAACCAGGAAAACUCCAUGUGGUGAAGGGUCAAAGACUUGGGAUAGAUUCCAGUUGAGAAUCCACAAAAGAGUGAUCGAUUUGAGAAGCACAUCUCAAAACGUUAAACAAGUUACUUCAAUAGCUAUUGACCCAGGUGUAGAUGUUGAAGUUACAAUUGCAGACCAUUGAAAAUGUUACCCAAUAUAAACAUUAAAUGCUUAAAGUAAUGAUGAA